UCGUUCACCCAAUUACUAUAUGCCUCCCGUUACUCUAAUAACGCCGUCAGAAGCUAUCUCGCUGACGUCAGAGCUCACACUUGUAACAACGUUCCAGAAAAGCAAAAGGGAAAAGCUUUGGGUAGAGAGAGAAGGAAGAAUGGGUUUGCUAACGAACAAGAUGGAGAGAGAGGAGCUCAAGGCAGGAGAUCACAUCUACACUUACAGAGCAGUUUUCGCUUAUUCUCACCACGGAAUCUUUGUCGGAGGGUCCAAGGUUGUUCAUUUCAGACCUGAGAACAACCUGAAUUCUUCAGUUUCUUCUUUAUCCUCCUCUGAAGAAGCAAUCUGCCCAACGUUUCCAGAUUGUGGUUUCAGACAACCAAACAGCGGAGUGGUCCUUUCUUGUUUGGACUGUUUCCUCAAGAACGGCUCACUCUACUGCUUCGAAUACGGAGUCAGCCCGUCGGUUUUCCUUACCAAAGUACGGGGAGGCACUUGCACAACAGCGCAAUCGGACCCCACUGAUUCAGUGAUCCACAGGGCAAUGUACCUUCUCCAAAACGGAUUUGGAAACUACCACGUUUUCAAGAACAACUGUGAGGAUUUUGCGCUCUAUUGCAAGACCGGUUUGCUUAUAAUGGAUAAGAUUGGUGGUGUAGGGAGAAGUGGUCAAGCUUCAUCGAUUGUCGGUGCUCCUUUCGCUGCAUUACUUUCGUCGCCUUUCAAUCUGCUUAUUCCAAACCCCAUUGGUGUGGCAACAGUUACAGCUGGAAUGUACUGUAUGAGUCGGUAUGCGACUGACAUUGGGGUUAGAAAGGAUGUGGUGAAGGUUUCCGUUGAGGAUUUGGCUGACGUAAAGAGUAUUGAGCAAGUUGAAGACGAGGAAGGUGAUUCUGAUACCGACUUUAGUUAGGUGACUAUAUGAUCACUUGAAUCAUGUUAUGGAGUGUUUAUGAAUGUUUUGUGAUGGAUUAGUGUUAAAGACUUUUAGCAAAGAUAUCAAGUGAAAAUCCAGUAACCUGUAACACUGGUUAAAUAAUCGUUUAGUUUGUUGUCAAAUGGUAAAGUGGAGAUUAACUCGAAA